AGUUUUGAUAAACCUGUGAAAUUAGCUGCCAUAAACCCCUUCCAUGAAAUAGGCAUUUAAGUUUUGAUUUUUAUUUUUGUUUCUUCUCUUCCUUAGGCCUCAAGUUAACCUAGUCAAAGAAAAUUUUGUUUUCUCUUUGUCUUUCACCACUAAAAUAGGAGGCUAGUCUUUUGUUUCAGUUGUGUUCGUCAAACAUUUGUUAGUGAGAUUUUAAUUUUUUGGAUUCGAAUAGAAAUUUCUGUUCAAACUAUAAGUCCAUACACAAAGUCGUGUUGGACUCGAAUGCGUUCUCAUUCUGAUAUACACGAUUUUAUCUAUUUGGCGUUUAAAACGUAAUCUUGCAUAUGCACCAGUGUCAUAUUGCGCUCCCAAUUUGAACGGUUGCUUACGUCAUUCAAUAAUAAUAAUAAUAAGAAAUAUUUUUGUUUAGAAGUUAUAUGUAAUGUUUAUUUGUUUAGUUAUUAUUUAUGCUAUUAUAUAUAUUUACAACAAUCCAACCACCACACCUAAAACAAACACAAUUAAGAGAUUAGAGAGAAAGAAUUAAGGUGACAAAUCAAGACUCAUCAUGUCUGCAGUUGACCGAUCUAAAAAAACAGAAAGUUAAAAUCCGAAAAUUUGACUGACAUUGUCUAAAGUUUAGUGGACUUUUCAAAGAUUUCCAUUGUCUGUUCUUUUGACUCAAGAAAAUAAUGUAUGUAUGUAUCGAUUACAUUCAAGCAUCAUUAUUUAUACUAUUUGCACCCACGUGGGCUUCUAUAUAUGUGUUAGUCUUGCCCAACUAUUUAUCAGUCAGUAAAUUACACUUUUUAUUAAUUAUUAUUGAUAGAGUGGUCGCUGCUUUCCUUGGCCUUGGCCUGUUUUUGACGAUGAACAAAAAUUACUGCUAUGGAUUCUUGUUCCUCUAUAUUCUUAUUCUAAUUUAAUCAAUUUCUUGUUGUUAUGCCAACCACUUUUUGUCCUGUUCUAAUUUAAUUAAUUAGCUCUAGUGUUCUUAAAGUUUCAAAAACAGCACAUCAGCAUCGAUCAGCGUCUGAUGAGACCAGACUGAAUUGCAUUGGACUAAUCUGAUAGAGCUGAAACUUCCAGAUGCAUGCCUGAAUUGAUUUUAUUAAUGGGCAACUUCCAAAUAUAUAAUGAAAUGAAAUGGAAGUAUAUGUAUUGUAUUGUAUUGGUGGUCAACCUGAACUGCAAAACCUAUGGAAUAAAUAAUGGAGUACUAUUAUUAAGCUUCAACAAACUGCAUGCAUGCUUGCUUGCUGCUCACUGCACCUCUUGGAUUAAAAUUACCUGACCCCAAAUAUAUUUAUUACUUUCUCUCUAUAUGUCCACAAAAAAUGUGCUUAUUUAUUUUUACUUUUGUAACUUGCAAAUAAAAUGAGCAUAGUUACGAUGGAUAGAAAGGAAAUAGAAUUUAUUUUUAUUAUUGGCAGGCAGGGUGCGUAAGGUUUAGGACUUGUCGUCAAGUAGAAAUUAUGAAUGCGUUGAAAGCCGCCUGUCAAAGAUUGAAAAAGGGAAUUAUAUAUAUAUAUAUAUAUAUGGUUAUAGUUAAAUUUGAUUUGGAUUAUACGUACGUACGUAUAAUUCUGUUUUCCAGGCCGUAGUAAAGUAACCAGUAUGGUCUUCCUCUACGUUAGUUAGUAUGCCCUUCAUUUCAUAGGAAGCUUCAUUCACGUGUAGUCCUUCCUACCUACGUAAACAUCCUAAUGCUACUGCUACACCUAUAUAUAAGCACGAACUCACACACACCCCCUUACCACAAUUCAAUUCAUUACGUAAAUAACUUCUUCAUUUAUUGCAAAUCCUCUGCUGCUUCAUUUCUUCUAUUCUUAAUUCCAUUCAUUCGUUCAUCCUUCUCGGAUCUUCUUCUCUGAAUCACUCACUCACUCACUGACUUUGGGAUAUACGUACAAACAUACGUACAUAUAGAUUAAUAAUAUAAUGGAGCAGAUGCAGUUGCUGUCUAGAAUAGCUUGUGGCGACGGACAUGGCGAGAACUCGUCUUUCUUCGAUGGGUGGAAGGCCUACGAUAGCGAUCCCUACCACCCCACCAACAAUCCUCACGGGGUUAUUCAGAUGGGCUUAGCAGAAAACCAGCUGUCGUUGGAUUUGGUCGAAAAAUGGGUUUCGGAGAAUCCCCAGGCCUCAAUUUGCAGUCCCGAGGGACUCCACCACUUCAAAGACACUGCCCUCUUCCAAGACUACCAUGGCCUACAACAAUUCACACAGGCAGUCGCCAGAUUCAUGGAGAAAGUGAGGGGAGACCGGGUUCGGUUCGACCCGACCCGCAUAGUUAUGAGUGGCGGCGCAACCGGAGCCCAAGAAACCUUAGCCUUCUGCCUCGCUGACCCCGGCGAGGCCCUUCUCGUACCCACGCCGUACUACCCAGGGAACGACCGAGACCUGACAUGGCGGACCGGGCUUAAACUCGUCCCCGUCGAGUGCCACAGCUCCGACGACUUCAAGCUCACCCGACAGGCUCUCGAAUCGGCUUUCGCCGCCGCCAAAAAGUCAGACAUUAGAGUCAAAGGUCUGCUCCUCAACAACCCCUCCAAUCCCUUGGGCACUGUCCUCGACAGGGAAACCCUAAUCGAAUCCUUAAACUUCGCUAACGACAAAAACAUCCACCUAAUCUGCGACGAGAUUUACUCCGCCACCGUCUUCAAACGCCCCGGCUUCGUCAGCAUCGCCGAAAUCGUGCAAGACGCAAUCGCCGGCGCCGGCGAUUGCCAUUACAACCUCGACCUUAUCCACAUUAUCUACAGCCUGUCGAAAGACCUCGGAUUCCCCGGAUUCCGCGUCGGAAUUAUCUACUCUUACAACGACGCCGUCGUCGCCUGUGCCCGGAAAAUGUCGAGCUUCGGUCUGGUCUCGACGCAGACGCAGCGGCUGGUGGCGGCGAUGCUGUCGGACGAGGCGUUCGUGGAGGGUUUUCUGGCGGAGAGCGCCCGGCGGCUGGGGCGGCGCCGGGCGAUGGUGGCGGAGGGGCUGGCGGCCGUCGGCGUCGGGAGUCUGCCGGGAAACGCCGGGCUGUACUGCUGGAUGGAUUUGAGGAAGCUGCUGAAGAGUGCCACGUUUGAUGCUGAGCUGGAGCUUUGGCACGUGAUCAUCCACGAGGUCAAGCUGAAUGUGUCGCCCGGCGCGUCGUUCCACUGCGCCGAGCCGGGGUGGUUCCGAGUGUGCUUUGCGAAUAUGGACGACGCGACGGCGAUGGUGGCGCUGGAGAGGAUCAACGCCUUCGUGGCGCGGCGGAGGGAGAUUGAGAUUGAUAUUGCGAGGAAGAAGCAGUGGCGGCGCGGCGGGAAGCUUGAGAUCAGCUUGUCGUUCCGGCGGCUCAAGGAUGAGAUGAUGAUGUCAUCGUUGUCGCCGCAUUCUCCGAUGUCGUCGCCGCUUGUCCGGGCCAGGAAUUAAUUUGAUUGAUUAUAUAUAUAUGUUUGUUUGUUUUUAGUUUUCAAUUUUUUUUUUUUUUUUUUUUUGGGUAUUGGAGUGAUGUUAAUUGGUUUUUUUGCUCCUUUUUUGAUUUGAUAUCAAAAUGGGAUUAAUCAGAAACGUCAUUCCAAACCAUAUAUUGUUACUAGUUUUAUUUGAUAUUUGUGGAUGUAUUGAUGA